CGUGCGGAGCCUACGCCUCGGAGAGCGCCGCAGACCGGCAGUGCACCAGUUGGGCCAGAGGAUGGCGCACCACGACUAUUCAAGACACCCGAGCCCCGGCUGUGUGCCUGCCCUGGCCACGAGCUCACGGAGGCGCGCCUACUCCACAUCCCACCCAGUAUUUCCUGCGUGCACGAGUUUACCUCUCGAGGUCACCAAGCAGGAUUUACGACUGGUCAACAAAAGCACGUGAUUCUCUGCCGUACCCCAUAUUUGGGUGCCUACGUAAGAGAGAAUCAAGUCCAUGUCCCACUCAUUUCCAUAAUUCAUCAUAAAUUGUGCAAGGGUGCUAUAGGACGCGCUAAACCAUACGAGCCACAAAUCAAGCACACAGGUUUAUGCUAUUUUACCUGCAAAUAAUAAAACAACAACCGCAAAUCCUGCAACGAGCAAACGGUGGAAUUGUCAACAAAUGAGCUCCUAUUUUGUGAACUCAUUCUGCGGUCGCUAUCCCAAUGGCGCGGACUUCCAGUUACAUAAUUAUGGAGACCAUAGUACGGGAAACGAGCAAUACAGGGACUCCACAGCCAUGCACUCCAGCAGGUACGGCUAUGGCUACAACGGGAUGGACCUAACAGUCGGACGCGCCGGUGACGGACACUUUGUAGGCGACGAGCGCACACAGGGCUACUCCCCGAGUCACUCAGCGGCGGCGACAGCCUCCGUGGAGCCGGUCAGGUACACCCAGUCCACCGGCAGCACCGGGACCUCGUCUCUGUCUCCCCCACCUGACCCACUUCCGUGCUCCUCGGUCGCCACCUCGUCUCCCGCCACCGAGACGCAUUCUCAACAGAGAGCCGUGAAAAACUCCAUAACGACCCCGUGCUCGAGCUCGAACGCGGGCACGCUGCUGCACGGCCGGGACUGUGCGUCCAAAGCUUCCCCCCUGGACGACGAGAAGCCCGCGGGGAGCGCACCGACAGCUCCUCAGAAUGUCACCGACUCGUCCCAGCCGCAGAUUUAUCCGUGGAUGAGGAAACUACACAUAAAUCACGAUUUGGCAGGACCCGAGGGGAAGAGAGCCCGGACUGCAUACACUCGCUAUCAGACCCUGGAGCUGGAGAAGGAGUUCCACUUCAACCGCUACCUGACCCGCAGGCGGAGGAUCGAGAUAGCCCAUGCCCUCUGCCUCUCAGAGAGACAGAUCAAAAUCUGGUUUCAGAACCGCAGGAUGAAGUGGAAGAAGGACAACAAGCUGAAGAGCAUGAGCAUGGCGGCGGCGGGCGGGGGAGGCUACAGGCCCUGAUAUCCAGUUCCUGCAGCCCUGAUAACGAGCACUAAGAAAAAAAGAAUUAAAAAAAAACUAAGAUUGUCAUGUCAAAAAAAAGUGCAGAGACUUGUUGACGGGCAGACUGCGGGACAGGGGACACCCCACACAGCCCCACUGUAUGUCCAACACCAGUCCCAUUAUAUUCCUUAAUAUUAUUUCCCCUUUUUAUUCCCACCGCGGUAAUGCUUAUGUGCGAAAAGAAAAAAAUGCAUUAUGUACAGUUCUGUCUAGAUUUAGAAAGGAAAAAAAGCAACAAUAAAUGUUUGUUUAAAUUAUUUCUUGUUUGUUCAGACUGAGAAAAAUCUAAAAAAAUCUAAAAAAAAGCCUGAUCUCCUACCUACCAACCUACCUAGCGCAAAUAAAUCCAGUCAAAGUUGUGUGAGCAAUCAGAGCAACAACAGCCUCUAAUAAAAAAGAGAGAUAAGGGUUGAGCUGCCUUUGUGUUUAGCCUUCGAUUUCUAUGUAUGUACUGUAUAUGUAUGUAUUUAUUUGUUCGAUGUGUUGUCCCUUCUUGUCUGACAAACUUGCUUCCAAACGUAGAGCCAGCAGAGUACGUAUAUAAGCCUUGUGUGGUCAUUGUGUGCGUUGUGAAACACAUGUAUGGACAGAGGCGCAGACUCAGUCUUGUGUGUACAGUAGCCGUGCCUUCUUUCUUUUACUUUGUCUUUUUUUUAUUUUUUCGUUUUGCAAGAGCUGCUGUUUGCGUUGUUCACCUGGGCGCAACAUCUCAGUAAAAAAGAGAAAAGUGUUAAGUCUUUGUUUUGGUAGCAGUUUUUUAUGUGGAGGGUCCCACGGUAAAUUCCAUUGCCUAUGUGUAUAACUCCAUCGUGAUAAAGCUUUUUUGUAAAUGUUUUUCAAAGACUGGAAGUCAAGAAUAUACUAUAAUAAUAAAGAUGAUGAUGAUGAUGAUGAUGAUGGUCAUUAUAAUAAACUUUCUACUGGAACGGCAACAUCACAGUGAGUCCAGGUUUUUGUAAAAAAACAAAAAAGGUUUGAGUGCUGUUUGCGCAUUGCCACGACGGGAGAGAGAGGAGCUCCAACUUUUGUCCAAAAGUCCUGCUCGCCACUUUUGUGAUCUG